UUACCAUAGAAACAAGACGCCGUGCGGCAGUGGGAACAGAUUUUGCCGAUUCACGACUCAUCGCGUUUUGUCGCACAAGUUAGUUUUAACCUAACUACAUCGAUAUUUUUGAUGCAAUUAGUGAACCACAAUUGGAGAGCCGCUAUUUUAAAGUAGCUGCUGGCACAACUACAAACAGGAAGUUGACACUAAAAGGUUAGCUGUGCCGAAAAUGCCUUUGCUAGUGACAGACUACUCAUGGACACAGACAGAUUCGACGGUUUACAUAACUGUGCCUUUAAAAACAGCGAAAGUUGGGAAAGUGGACAUCCUGUCUACAGACGAAUAUCUCAAGGUGCAUUACCCACCAUAUCUGUUUGAAGCCUUCCUGUUUGAACCUGUUGAUGAUGCCAGAAGCACAGCAAAGGUUGGAAAUGGACGUGUAGUAAUCAGUUUGCCAAAGAGGACCAACAAAGUGUGGGAGCAUCUGAUGAUAACUACACAUGAUAAAGAAAAGAAAAAGGAGGUCAGAGAAAGGUCUCUGUUGAAAUACCAAGAAAAGCUUUCCUCCGAGUCCAGAUCCAAGGCAGAGAAACAGCAUGCAGAGAAACAAUAUGCACUGGAGACAAUGAUGAAGCUUGAAAAGGAGGAAAGAGACAGUAUCCAGAAAAUGAAGGACACUGAGCGAGAGAAAACUACAGCAGAGCUGGCAGCAUGGCAACUGAGACAGACACAAAAAGCAGAGGAAGAAGCCCAACUAAAACUCCAAAGUCAGAGAUACAAUCAAAACAAACUGAAAGCCAUGACAGAGAAGCAGGAAAAUGGAUGUUCAGAUGGAGGAAAGGUCAAACUGUAUCAAAGAGGCAACAGUGAUGCAAAGAGCAAGGAAAAACAAGCGGACGUGCCUGCUCCGAGACUUGUUGGAAACAUUCAAGUCACAUUUACCCCACGAGUUUUCCCAACAGCCCUCAGAGAAUCAAGAGUGCCAGAGGAGGAAGAGUGGCUUAAAAAACAAGCUGAAGCCAGGCGUGCAGUAAAUGCAGUAGAUGUUGAAGAGCUGAAGGACCUGAAGGAGGAGAGGAACCCUGACUGGUUAAAGGACAGAGGAGACAAAUGUUUUGCGACUGGGGACUACCUGGGUGCAGUGAACGCCUACAACCUGGCUAUCAGGCUCAACAGAAAGAUCCCAGCUCUCUAUUCAAACAGGGCUGCAUGUCAUCUAAAGUUGAGAAAUCUUCACAAAGCAAUUGAAGAUUCCUCUCAGGCACUUGAUCUGUUGACUCCACCAGUUGCUGCCAAUGCAGCUGCCAGAGCCAGAGCCAGUGUCCGCCGAGGAUCUGCUUUCUGCCAGCUACAGCUCUAUGCAGAAGGGCUACAAGACUACCAAGCUGCUCUAAAGAUCCUCCCUGACAAUGAAGUGCUGCAGGCAGACAUGCAGAGAAUAAGAGACAUUAUUCAAGGCACUGCAGCUAACCCAGAGCCACAGUGAGACACAUAAAAUGUACUGUAUAUAUUAUGUAUGACUGUUUAUUGUUUGUGUUAUCUGUCUGUCUAAAUACUAAAUCCAAUCCCUGCUGUCUUAUUGGAAGCUGGAAAAGGUAUGUCAGCUACAUCCCUGAAAAAAUAUGAAACAGUGUCAUGGUGUAUUUUACUGAGGCGUGGGAGACACUCUAUCGGUAUGGGAAGAGCACCCUCGUGUGGUUAAACGUUGCACCUCCUAAAAUGAAAUGCAAAUAAUGGAUGUUGAUAUCACCAUGUAAAUUAAUGGAAUUUAUUAUUUUCAAAAUGAAUUCUUACAUAACAACCUUUUCAACAUCAGUAUGUAUGUUUACACUACCUCACAGUUAAUAAAAUAAAAGCACUCAACUUCAGUAUUUUAAAAUGUCUGGUCACAGUAGUGCUAACACUACUAACUUAGUACAUACUUAGAAAGACUACUACAACCUUUUGCAGGUGUAUUUUCUGUCAUUUAUCAUAUCAAAUAUCAUAAGAGGUGGUAAUUUAAUACAUUUUUACUUUUAUGUCAUUUUAAAACCAGAGUUUUUGAAUUGUAGUUUCAGUGAAAGGGGUCUGGUCAGCAAAAAAUAAAUACUGAAAAUAAAAACUCUUCUAUUUGCAAUUCUGUUAGUAUGAUCAUACUGUUUUUAGUGAUUUCGUAUGAAAGACAUGGUUCAUAGAGUUGGCUUAUUUAAAAGGUUGCCUGACAUUGUCCAGAAUAUCUGUCAUGCUUUGAAGCACAAAUAAACACACACCUCAGUGUUGGCA